UGCCUUUCUCCAAAUAAAAAAAUUACAUUGUUUGAUUUUCAGUUUCAUUUAGACUUAAGAAAAAUUGUUAGCAUAAAAAAAAGGAAAAAAAACUUUAUUGUAUUAGUAACUCAACAGUUUGUGCAUCCCAUUACUACCACUGCUAUUACUAACAUCGACGCGAGCGAUUCGCAUGUUCAAAUACGACGGCCCAUUGGUGACACUGAAACAGGGCAGCGGGUGAAGAGUUGAUGGUUAUUUCAACUUGAUCCACAGUGUUAACUUAGAAGAAAUAGAAACAGCCAUCGAAGCAACGAGGAAUGAAGCGCGGGAACUGAACGCGGGACAGAUCCGAGUCCUGGCGUUCCACCAUCUGGAGCAAGCACAACAGAUGCUCUCGAAGCUGUCGAGAGUAAGGAAGGUUCGCUCAAUCGAAUGGCUUGGAUCGGCAUGGAAAUGGAUUGCAGGAUCGCCAGACGCCUCAGACUGGAACGCUAUCCUCAAUGUGCGCGAUAAUCUCGUGGAGAACAGCAAUCAACAAUAUAAAAUCAAUGACCAGCUCUUCGAGACAUCACGAAAGUCCCUGGAGGCGCUAAACUCUAUGAUCGAGAAGGUCAACACUAUUGACAGCAACGAUCAGGCUGCCACGAUUGUUUUGCAUAAGACAAUGUUACUGGAGAGUCAAGUGGGUGAACUGAGCAGAGCUUGCCAGUUUGCGAAGGCAGGCCUAGUAAACAGUAACUUACUAGACGAGGCGGAGAUACAGGCGCUACUCAAAGAGAUGGACUCUUUGCCGUAUCAGAGUGCUGUAGAAGCCACGGAGUUCGCGAAGCCUAUCAUCGUAACGAAUGGCACCAUGCUACUCUAUGUAUUGGCGCUGCCAAAGGUGGUUGCUAAAGAGUAUCAGAUGUUGGUCAUCCGACCAGCGAUUCGCGCAAACAGGCAAAUCGACGCUAACUUCGGAAAGUUGCUGGUGGCCCCGGACGAGACGUUCGCUAUAACUAAGGACUGCCUUACAAUAGGCAACACCAGCGUCUGUGCGGAAGAGCACCUGACCCCGUUAAGCGAAUCAGACUGUAUCCCUAGAACACUGAAGGGAGGAAACGCCGAAUGCCACUACGUGACAUCUAGUCGACGCGUAGUAGAGCUACUGGAGGACGGAACGCUGUUUCUUACAAACUACAAUGGAACCAUUUAUACAGAAGGACAAAGCUACAGCCUCGACGGGACGUAUCUUGUCCAGUUCGCAAACGAGACGGUAACUGCGGACAACAAAACGUUCAGAAGCCACUCGCACACGCGCCUGAUAGCCAUGCCCACCGUGGUCACGAAUCUAACAAGUUUGGGCUACCACCUCAACCUGGAACUGAUACACGGGUUAAGUACAAGGAACUUGAACCUGCUCCAGGUAAUGCGAAGAAGGCUAACGAUAUCGUCUACAACGGAAAUCGUGACGAUUUUUGUAGUGAUAUUAGUAAUCUUCGUAUUUUGGAGAAAAGUCACACACCAACAAACAUCUCUAGAAACCGACAAAGACGUGGAAUCCAAUGGUACUCAGACGGAGGACAUCGUUACAAUCGACCAUAAAAGCGCUUGAUCUGCGGGACGCAGAUAUUUAAGGGGGGAGGAGUUAACACCAGCCAGUGCACAGCACUGUCUCUCUUCCCCUGCCCCUGCCCUCAACGUCUCGAAUAUCUGACCGCUUCGCCCCACGCCUUGACUACCCGCUUGACAACACAUUAUGCUGACGCCUAAGCGGCUGCGCCACUUCGACCCAGCUAUUGCAACACAGUUGCAUUUACGCUGACGCUCGAGGUGCCAGCGGAAACCAAUGCGCAGUUUCAGCGGCGGCUAUUAGAACCUACUUACGCCGACGCCACUGCUGCCAUGGGGUCAACGACGCCAAGAACCGCUGAUGCGACGGCAGCCAAAAUACGCGCUGACGUUGCAGACGCCGUUGUUCCGCUGCUGCUGCUCUGCCACUGCGAUAAGCUCGCCAGGCCUGGAAGAGGAACUGGAGAGCUGACCACUGGCCAACUGAAAGGGCAGUUCCAGACGACUCGUCGAAUCAAUCAGACCUAACUAACCAAAACUAACAAAACAUUUGAUCAUUAAAAGUUAUAACGUUUAUUUGAA